UCGUGAUAUUAAUUUCUUACUGUUUAUUUACCAAAACUAAAAAAUUAACAAUAAUAAAUGUAAGCAAACCAAAUACAAGACAAUUCAUAUUGCACGAAGGAUCAAUUUGAAAGCGAGGGGUGAAAACGAUAAUCGCGAGCUAUCAGAGCACGUCACAACAACAUUAGGUAUAUAAUAAUAUAUUAUAAUGACGGACGAAGAUCAAUCGCCCAUAAACGCACUGCCCGACGAGGUCCUGCUGUACGUAUUCCGAACCAUGUCCGCCACCGAGUUCGUCGCGAUCCUGCCACUCGUCUGCGAACGAUGGUCACGGAUAAUCGCGUCGGACUCGUGCACGCUAAAGCGGAUCGGCAUGCACCACGCGAACGCGAUCGCAGCCGUCGAGUUCUUCUACUUCCGGGACGACAGCGAACGGUCGCAGAUGUUCCACUGGCCGCCCGACGAUUACGGGCGGCUGUUGCUGCGGCCGUCGGCGGCGGCGCGUGUGGGUUACGCGAACGCGUUCUACCUGUGCGCCCGGUACGCGGAGAUCUGCGGUCACGUGGCCGCACUGAUCAUCUCGUCCGGCCUGUCCGUGUACGCUACCGACGGGUACACGUACGUGGACAGGCUGACCACGUUGGUGUUGCACGGCGUCCGCGUCGGCGAACAGGACCAGUACACGCUCGCCGAACUGGGCACGGUGUACUGCAACGUGCUGGACGUAGUGUACGUGAAGUGUUCGCUGGCCCCGCGCUUCGAUCUGAAGUUCCUGUACGCCGGGUUCGGGCGGCUGCGGCGGUUCCGGACCGAUCACAACGCCGUCGGCGUUCGUUUCCUCGGCGACCUGUUGAAUGCGCACCGCCACACGCUGGAAACGGUCGUGCUGUGCUACUGUACGGUGACCGGUGACCGGUGGAUAGACGUCCUGUCGGAGAGGCUCCGCGGACGGACCGUCAACCGGCUGACCAUGCACAGCGCGUACUUCACGGAUAGGUGCGUGAACCGGUUUCUCACCUCUGCCGACUUGGUCCUGCCCGACGACAGGUCCAACGUGGUCAUCGAUGGUAAUCUAGGUCGGAUCUCGUUCUCCAUCGACAUCGAUCCCUUGCGAUGAUUUCGUUCAUCGGCCAUAGUUCUGCGAAGCAUUUGAUGAACUGAACGGUAAAAUCGAAAUCCUAUUAUUUUUCUCGUCCAACUACAAGUACUACAUAUACAACGAUUCAGGCCCGAUUUUCCGACAAAUUGUGUAGGUUCUCAUAUAAUACAUAAAUAAUUUUUAUAUGAAAACAUUACGAUUUACAAUCAAAAUGUUGAUAAAAUUACACCAAAGCCAAGCAUAUUUAUUUUAAUCAAAGAGUUAAUAAACCAGGAAAACAAACUUUGAGCUUGAUCUCAUAGCACAUAAAAAAUUGCAAUCGGUCACCAAAAACGAAAACUAAAUAUCGGAAAUUAAAACUUAUUUUUUCAAACUUUAGAAUUACAAUUUUAGGCUACAAAGUGGAACUAAUGUUUCAUUUUCAUUUAGAAAAUAAAAGUUCAUCUUAACUUAUAACCUCAUAAUACUCAUACUAUAUUAUAUUUUAUAUUAUACUACUAUAUUAUUUACUGUUGGCAAAUUGGGUGUCGGCCAAUUGGUACGACACGGUAUAUAGGUAAUGAUUUACUUUGUUAUGCUUCGGAUUACUGUGCGCUUAACGGUUAUUUCAUAUUUGUCAUUUGUCAUAUUGUGACAAUACAAUAACGCAAAAUGUACUAAUAUGGGUACGGUUACCUAAAUGUAAACGGAUUUGUAAUAUUUUCAUGUUUUAUUUUUAGACUUAAGUUCAUGGGUUUAAGCGUUAAUUAUUUAUAGAAAA